UGCGGGCUGCGGGGGCGUCACGGACAGCAGCAGCGGACUUGGGCUGAGGUUCCCGGGCGGGCGGGCGCGGAGAGACGCGGGAAGCAGGGGCUGGGCGGGGGUCGCGGCGCCUCAGCCAGCGCAGCCAACCCGAGGGGCCGCCGCCGCCGCCGCCCAGCGCGCUCCGGGGCCGCGGGCCGCCUCCAGCACCCGCCGCGCCGCAGCUCCGGCACCGGCCCCGGCCGCCGCCGCCGCCGCGAUGGGCAACGCCGCCGCCGCCAAGAAGGGCAGCGAGCAAGAGAGCGUGAAAGAAUUCUUAGCCAAAGCCAAAGAAGAUUUUCUUAAAAAAUGGGAAAAUCCUGCUCAGAACACAGCCCACUUGGAUCAAUUUGAACGAAUCAAGACUCUCGGCACGGGCUCCUUCGGGCGGGUGAUGCUGGUGAAGCACAAAGAGACCGGGAACCACUAUGCCAUGAAGAUCCUUGACAAACAGAAGGUGGUGAAGCUGAAACAGAUUGAGCACACCCUGAACGAGAAGCGCAUCCUGCAGGCGGUCAACUUUCCGUUCCUUGUCAAACUCGAGUUCUCCUUCAAGGACAACUCAAAUUUAUACAUGGUCAUGGAGUAUGUGCCCGGUGGGGAGAUGUUCUCACACCUGCGACGGAUCGGGAGGUUCAGUGAGCCCCAUGCGCGCUUCUACGCCGCCCAGAUUGUCCUGACCUUUGAGUACCUGCACUCGCUUGAUCUCAUCUACCGGGACCUGAAGCCGGAGAACCUCCUCAUCGACCAGCAGGGCUACAUUCAGGUGACAGACUUCGGUUUCGCCAAGCGUGUUAAAGGCCGCACCUGGACCUUGUGUGGGACCCCUGAGUACUUGGCCCCUGAGAUCAUCCUGAGUAAAGGCUACAACAAAGCUGUGGACUGGUGGGCCCUGGGGGUCCUUAUCUACGAAAUGGCCGCAGGCUACCCACCCUUCUUCGCCGACCAGCCCAUCCAGAUCUACGAGAAGAUUGUCUCUGGGAAGGUGCGGUUUCCGUCCCACUUCAGCUCUGACUUGAAGGAUCUGCUGCGCAACCUCCUACAAGUGGACCUCACCAAGCGCUUUGGGAACCUCAAGAAUGGGGUCAAUGAUAUCAAGAACCACAAGUGGUUUGCCACAACUGACUGGAUUGCCAUCUACCAGAGGAAGGUGGAAGCUCCCUUCAUACCAAAGUUUAAAGGCCCUGGGGACACAAGUAACUUUGACGACUAUGAGGAGGAAGAGAUCCGAGUCUCCAUCAAUGAGAAGUGUGGCAAGGAGUUUUCUGAGUUCUAGGGGUGUGCCUGUGCGCCCAUGGGUUUUCUUUCUUUCCUUUUUUUUUUUUUUUUUUGGUGGGGGGGGUGGGAGGGUUGGAUUGAACAGCCAGAGGGCCCCAGAGUUCCUUGCAUCUAAUUUAACCCACCUCGCCCCACCCUCCAGGGUAGGGGGAGCAGGAAGUCCAGGUAUUUGGGGCAAAACACCAGCUGCUCCCCCUCACCCCCUUUGCCCUCCUGCCCCCCCCCCCCCCACUGCUUUUGCCUUUCUUCCACAGCCCCCCACCCCAGCCCAUUUCUGCCUGUUUUAAACGAGUUUCUCAGUUCUUCCCUUCUUCAGGUCAGACCAGGUCUCCCUGGUUUCAGGGACAGGGUGUGGCAAGAGGGGCCCAAACUUAACUACAGCCACCCCUCCCCCCCCCCCCAAAAAAAAAGACCGACAGGCACCGCUCUCUAACUGCGAAUGAAUGAAAAGCCAGCCUUGCCUUCAGAAUAAUCCUGCCAGGGAAGGAGAGAUUUUAGUGACACGUUCAGUGGGCCACUUGCUAUAAUUUUUUUUUUAAAUACAAUUUACAGUCUUAUUUAAGUUCCACCAAUGCCUCCCUCCCUCCUUCCUCUCCCACCCUUUCCCAUGCCCCUCCUCUCCAAAUCGUUUUUUUUUUUUUUUUUUU